GCCAUGGCCAAACUGGAAGAAAGCCCCCGAAGCUUACCUGGAGAAAGAAGCAUGCAGGGCCCCCGAGGAGGAGGAACAGGCCCUGGGCUGUCCCCUGUGGGCAGCCGGACACUUCUGAUCUGUACCUUUAUCCUGGCUGUAGCUUGGGGCCAAAUGAAUUUCACAGGAGACCAGGUUCUUCGAGUCCUGGCUAAAGAUGAGAAGCAGCUGUCACUUCUCAGGGAUCUGGAGGGCCUGAAGCCCCAGAAGGUGGACUUCUGGCGUGGUCCAGCCAGACCUAGCCUCCCUGUGGACAUGAGAGUUCCCUUCUCUGAGCUGCAUGAUGUCAAAGACUAUCUGAAGUCUCACGGCCUUGUUUACACCGUCAUGAUAAAGGACAUCCAGGUGCUGCUGGAUGAAGAGAGAGACACCAUGGCGAGGUCCCGCAGGCUGGAGCGCAGCACCAGCGGCUUCAGCUAUUCUUCUUACCACACUCUGGAGGAGAUAUACAAUUGGAUCGACAGCUUCGCAGCUGAACAUUCUGAUCUCGUCUCCAAAAUUUGCAUUGGCAACAGCUUUGAAAAUCGGUCCAUUCUUGUCCUGAAGUUCAGCACUGGAGGUUCAAAUCGCCGGGCUGUCUGGAUCGACACUGGGAUCCACUCCCGAGAGUGGAUCACCCACGCCACUGGCAUCUGGAUCUCGAAUAAGAUUGUCAGUGCAUAUGGCAAAGACCAUGUUUUGAAAAAAAUAUUGAAUGCCAUGGACAUUUUCAUCGAGAUUGUCACCAACCCCGAUGGCUUUGCUUUUACCCACAGCAUGAAUCGCCUGUGGCGGAAAAACAAGUCAAGUCGACCCGGCAUCUCCUGCAUCGGUGUAGAUCUCAACAGGAACUGGAAGACAGGUUUUGGAGGAAACGGUUCUAACAAAAAUCCCUGCUCAGAGACGUACCGAGGGCCCGCACCUCAGUCGGAGCCAGAGGUAUCUGCAAUUGUGGAGUUCAUCACAGGCCACGGGAACUUCAAAGCGCUGGUCUCCAUUCACAGCUACUCUCAGAUGGUCAUGUAUCCUUACGGCCACUCUCUGAAGCCUGUGCCAAACCACGAGGAGCUGUUCAAUCUUGCCAAGGAUACAGUGAAAGCUCUGCAUAAGGUGCACGGGACCGAGUACACUUUCGGCAGCAUCAGUACCACCCUCUAUACAGCCAGUGGGAUCACGGUGGACUGGGCCUAUGACAGCGGCAUCAAGUAUGCCUUCAGCUUCGAGCUCCGGGACACUGGACAAUACGGUUUCCUGCUGCCGGCCUCACAGAUCAUUCCCACAGCCCAGGAGACAUGGAUGGCCAUUCGGACCAUCAUGAAACAUGCCCUGAGACACCCCUAUUAGCCACCUUACUCAGACCAGAGCAGGUCUGGGAUGCCUCCUGCACCCCAAGUUAAGCAUCUCUCCCACACCC